CACCAGUGCCCGCGGGGUUUAGCAGCUCCUCCUGGGAACGGGAGGGCAGGAGGCUGGGAGCCGCUGGCCAGCUGGGGAGCCUCCUGUCCCUUGCUGCCUGCCCCUAAUCCGCCCUCUAAGCUGACAGCGUCUGGAGCGCUCCACCCACGGUCCCCGCAGGCCCUCUGGGCGCCCCUGGGCCUGAGAGCAGCGGAUCCCUGGGUGGGAGGUGCGGGCGGGCGGGGCCCUCUUGUGCCCACUGCAGCUGACUGCUGGGCAGCCCGCUCGGGCCUCCUGCCCCCCACGCCCUCCCGAACCGCGAGCCUCUGCCUCUACAGCCGGGCUGGGGGCAGUGGCCAUGCUGGUUGUGGCCAUGCUGUGUCCCUGCGAGGCCCUUCUUCCGUCUGCUGCGUCCCGCUCCCUCCCAGAGGGGUCUCUGGCCCCACUUGGAGCCAUCCCCCUCACUGCAUUCCAUCAGCCUCUCGUGUGCCCCCACGGCCCCGAGUCCAGGCCACCAGGCACCCAACGUCCAGCUCUUCCCAAAUGUGCUGCCCCAGAAACGCCCUCGGCUCCUCCUGCCCCUUCCAGCCGGCCUCUCCCCAGGGCCUCCGGCCUCUCCCCAGGGCCUCCGGCCUCACCCCAGGGCCUCCGGCCUCUCCCCAGGGCCUCCGGCCUCUCCCCCGGGCUGUGCCUGCUUCCUCCUGGCCCCAGCUUGCCCACGUGGACCUCUGAGCCCUCUGCUGUACAACCGCCCCCAGACCCCAGCGCCCUCCUCGCUGCAGACUGUCCCCAGAGCGAGCCCCUCACCACCCCACACCCCCGGCCUCUUCCCUGAAGUGGCCCCGGGGGAGCUUCUCGAGGCUCCAAAGCUGGACGCCUCGUUUUUGCUGGCCGGCUGCCGGCUGCCCACCGGAUGCCACCUGCGUGGCGCACCCGGGACACACUGAGUGCUCCCUACAAGCUCGCUGCACGCGCAGUGAGCACGGGAAGAGUGACCCCCGCAGACCUCAAGGCCCAACCAGGAUGGCCCCUCCUGCUCCCUGGCCAGCAUCCAGAGGACCCCUAGACGGCCCUGGCCUCGCUUCCGUCAUCUGACCCUGAGUCUGCCAGCUGCCCUGCUGGCCCCCGUCGAUGGCCGCAGCGCCCGCCCCCGGGGCCCCGCUGGGCCUCUGCUGUGCGCUGUCUGCUUGCUCCUCCCUGAGGCCCCAUUUCACAGCCAGGGAAGCUGAGGCCGGAGGGGCCUGGACGUCCCACGGGGCGGGGUGGAGGCGAGCCUGGGAGCCCGGCCCGGUGCUGCCUCCCUGGAGGCUGGGGACACGGCACCCGCGGGGGGGGGGGGCGCCUCAAUUAAUCGGCUCCGACUAAUCCUCCCUCCCCUGGGCUCAGCAGACGCCGGGCCGCCGGCUGGUGGAGGGCAGCCAGCCUGGGCAGGUGGCACAGGUGGAGGACCCAGGCCUGAGGGACACACCCCGGGGUCCUCCCACACAGAGUCAGGGACAGAGCCCGGGAGAGGGGACGGAGAGGAGCGGCAGGAGCAGACGCUGCAGCAGUGGGGACAGGAGGGCGGGAGGUGACCCCAGAAAGACGGGGUGCGGGGCAGAGGCUGAGGCGCAGGUGGGCUCCCCUGCCUUCCCAGGGACAGUUCCUCCCACUGUCUCACCACACUCUGUCCUGCUGUCCUCCGGGCCAGGUGAGAAGCCAUGUUCCUGAGCCUGGGAGAGGGGCCGGGGCCUGAGGGUGGGGGCCUGGGGCCGGGCGAGGAGGCCCCCAAGAAGAAGCACCGCAGGAGCCGCACGACCUUCACCACGUACCAGCUGCACCAGCUGGAGCGGGCCUUCGAGGCCUCCCACUACCCAGACGUGUACAGCCGCGAGGAGCUGGCGGCCAAGGUGCACCUGCCCGAGGUGCGCGUGCAGGUCUGGUUCCAGAACCGCAGGGCCAAGUGGCGCCGCCAGGAGCGCCUGGAGUCAGGCUCAGGAGCGGUGGCAGCCCCGAGGCUCCCAGAGGCCCCCACACUGCCACUUGCCCGUCCCCCGGCCCUGCAGCUGCCCCUGGAGCCCUGGCUGGGCCCCGGCCCCCAGGCGGGGCCAGGCCUCCCCCACGUCCUGGGCUCAGCCCCAGGGCUGCAGGCCUCCCUGGGGCCACACGCCUUCCCUCCUACCUUGGCGGACGGCUUCGCCCUGGAGGAGGCGUCCCUGCGGCUGCUGGCCAAGGAGCACGCGCAGGCCCUGGACAGAGCCUGGCCACCAGCCUGACACGGGCCUGGUGACAGCAGCCAGUCAGACCAAGCCGUCUCCGGGAGCAAGACCUCGAUGGGCUGCUGGGAACCCUGCCCUGUGCCCCCACCCUCCCCACCCCACAGCCAGGUGACACCCAGCAGGGAGACCUGAGGACCUGCAGGCCCAGGCAGGGGCCCUGCCCUGCCCCUCAGCCCACGUGUUGGGUGGGCAUGGUGCUGGGCGCCAGGUUCCUGAAGUGGCCGCCCAGCCCUUCCCCCACAGGGCCCCAGAAGUGACAAACAGCAGCAGCCUCCUGUCACCUUUACCCUGCGCCUGCCGGUAGCCCUCCUGCCACCAGUCCUGGGAGACAGGCUCCGCCCUCAGCCCCUUGAGGGAGGAGGCCCAGAGACGGGCGGCCAGUUUUCUGAGGCAGCACAGCCAGCAGGGCUGGAGCUGGUGGGGGCAGUGCCCUCCAGAGCGGCUCAGGGACACACACAAGCAAGGGUGGCAGCGCUGGGUGCUGCUCUCAGCUCCUGCUCCCUCCACCCCGGGGAUGGGCAAAGCAGACGUCCCCACAGCCCCUGGCCCACACCUGGACGGCCCUCCGACCUCCCAGAUCAGGGCGAGGCGCCGUGGAGGUGCACCCGGGGGGGCUGGGCGCAGGGGGAGAAGAGGCCACAGGCCCAGGUCGACACCCAGAGCACCUGCACGCCCUCCCCACCCUCCACCCCUCACCCCUCCGUCUAGCCCUGCCCUCCACCACCCAGCCACCUCCAGACACACCACCUGUCCCAGGCUGGAGACAGCGGGAGGCAGAUGCAAAAUAUUAAAAACACAACUGCACCAAAACAUGGAAUGUGA